UAACAAAAAUACCCAACAAAUGAAAAUCACAUUUCUUGCAUUGGUCCUUCUCUUUGCCUUGAGCACAAAGGCAUCACGGCUUGAAGCAGCUGGUCCAACACCUAAGGAAGUGUUUGACACAUCAGGGAAGAAGCUCCGAGCCGGUGCCCAAUACUACAUCGUUCCAGCUUCUCCUGAUGUUGGUGGCGGUCUUGGCCUUAACCGCACACGCAAAGCUUGCCCUCUUGACGCGGUAGCCGUGGAUGGCAACCGUGGCCUGCCAUUGGUGUUCACACCUGUGAACCCAAAGAAAGGUGUUGUUCGUGUUGACACCGAUCUCAACAUCUAUUUUGCUACUGAAACAAGCUGUCCACAGUCCAAUGUGUGGAAGGUUGAUUACUUUGAUUCUGCAACAGAGCAGUUGUUUGUGACUACUGGCGGUGUUUUAGGCGACCCGGGUUUGGAGACCAUUAGAAAUUGGUUCAAGAUUGAGACGUACGAGGAUGCUUAUAAACUGAACUAUUGUCCCAGUGUGUGCUAUGGUUGCUAUCACCAAUGCUUGGACAUAGGAAUAUAUGAGGAUCAGUAUGGAAAGCGUCUAGUUGUUGAUGAUUUUCCAUUCAAAGUUCGUUUCCAGCUGACUUAAAGUUAAACCUCGAUAUAGUUCUACUAAUACAUAAACCUCAGUAAU